UGUAGCUCGAAUCAAGGGUUAUUCUUAGCGUUUGCCACACUAGAUUUUGCUGUUGUAACCGAACCUUUGAUUCGCUUACUAGUUUGUGGAUCUAACGGAAUCUCGUACACGGACGGAUCUCUCGUCUUUACAGCCUGCUGCAGAUAGUACUGCAGGCUGCAGCGUUUAAAUAUCGUACAAAAGUUGAUUCGUGUAUGAUGUAUUUUCUUUGAUUUUCAACUGAUAAGACUAAAAAAUUUAUGACAUGGCUCUGGCUUUUCGAGCUGCUUUCCUCGGUCGAGGAUUCCGAAUUGGUACCACAAAAUGUACCUUGUUUAAAAUUAGUUUAGAUUCAUUAUCACAUGUACAGAACAAUUACGAUUACAAGGCAUUAUACACUUUGUCAACUGCUUCACGACAAACGUAUUCUACGUUAAGUGGUGCAACAAGAAAGAGAAACGUGAACAAAAGUGAGACUGAACAGUUUGAAGUGAAAAAAACUGAAGAUGGAAAGGAAAUUGUAUAUGAAGGAAUGCUGUCUCUCAGAGUUAGAAACAUUAAAUUUUUCUCUCUGUCUACGACAUUUUUGGCUUUAGGAGUUCAGCCUCUAAUUUACAUGAAAGCAGUUAUGGGAGGUAUUGCUACUAAAUGGACGAUACCAACAUUUGCAGUAUUGGCUGCUUUUGCUGUUGCGACUCCAGUCUUGCUUCACUAUGUUACAAAAAGAUAUAUAAUUCAAGUUUUGUAUGAUCCUGUUAAAGAUACAUAUACUGCCGUUACUUACAACAUAUUUGUUAAAGAGAAAAAGGUCGAGUUCACUCCUCAGGAUGUCACUAUCCCUACGAUACUUGGAAUGUUUACUACUUGUGCUAUCAAGGGUAAGCCUAUGUUUUUAGAUGCUGAAGACUUUUCUGAACAGAAGCAUUAUAUAAGGAUAAUGGGAUAUGAUAAACCAUUGGAUCUUCAAGGUGGUACCAUGAAACCCAAGCCAAAAAAAAUAUAUAAGCCAGACAAUGUCUAGUCAU